GUUCGCCUUCGUUUGUAAACAGAACAUAACAGUGCACACGUGUUCAGUGUUGAUAAGCCACUCAUGGAUUUCAUUUUCUCGGAGAAUAAAGUUAUUUAUUGAAUAAAAUAUGGGAAGAUCGAAAUUGAAGAAAUUGCGGAAGAUCGUUACCACAGAUGACAUCACGGAAAAGACUGAUGAAAAUUUGAUAAAAAAUUUGCCGGAUAAAUUGUUAAGGAUGCGAGUGAAGAGUGGAACGAAAAUUAGAAAUGUUUUUAAUUACUCAAUUAAAGAGUUUUCAAAGUACGAGGGGGUUUUAUGGUCCGGUGCUGGCCAGGCUGUUGGAAAAGUAAUCUCCUGUGUUGAGAUGUUCAAGAGAGAAUUCAAAGGACUUCACCAAAUAACGAAACUUCAUUACAUUGAAUCGAAAAAUAAUUCAAAGGAUGAGGGGAAUCACAGAUAUGUGCCGGAAAUUCACAUCUGCCUUAGUAAAAAUCAAUUCAACUCCUCAGAACUCGGAUAUCAAGGGCCUGAUGACAACAGCAUAUUCCAGGCCUCAUUCCAGAAUGAGUGUGAUCAGGGUCAAGGGAAUAGCAGCAUAAUUUCUGGGGUUGCUGCGGAGGAAUUCGCUAAAAUGGGUUUAAGGACGGGACAAAAGAGGCCAAGGGGAAAUUUUAUGGAUAAAGCAUUGACAAAAAAGUCGAAACGAAUUCCUUAAAAUUAAUUAUUCGAAUACGUGAGUGAUGAAAGGGGAUAUGAAAAUGUCUAGACAUCCAGUCUAUUUAGUCUUCAUUUAUAAAUUUUUCGUCUUUCCCCACCUUUUGAUUGCCUAGUACCCAAAAUGUAGGUUUCAUAAUUGUAUUAAUAUAAUAAGUUCGUCUUUUUAUAUGUUGUUUAUUUACAAUUCUUAUUUACAGUUGAAAUCAUGAUGGAAUAUAUUUAUUUUGUUGGCUGUCGUUUUUUCGAGAAAAAAUAAAUUCUGGUGCACAUCAAAAUGGCA